AAUGUAUUAAUAGUUUUAAAACAAAACGCUUUUACAAAAUUUAAUAAGAUAUCCUUAAUUGUACUGAUCAAUGCUAGACAGAAUACGCGUGUUUAGUAAAAUAUGGAUUUUCGGGAUUUCGGUAAUUCCACCGACCGGCGAAUGACUCAUUGUGGGUACUUUCCAUUUCUGAAAAUCCAGAAGUCUACUUUCGAUAUGCAAGCGAAGUAAGUUGCAAACUUUGGCUGUAAACAAACUAUUAAUAUGAUUGUUUAUAAACAUACGUUAUUGGUUUACCAACAAAAAUGGCAAUGAGUGUUUUGCUAUAUUUAAUUGUGUGAAACAAGUAAAAAUGUGGACUAUACAAGUUCUUGUCGUCCUCCACAUACUUUAUCAUGCCUGGGCAGCCGACAGUUGUCCUGGUUUGCCUCUGUGUUUCUGCAGCAAAGAUAAAACGUCCGUUAAUUGUGAGGGAAAACAACUCAGGGUCAUCCCAGACAAAAUACCACAGACUGCUAUAAAACUUUACUUGGGCAAUAACAAAAUUACAACAGUGAAGUCCUACCAGUUGGCUUACCUGUCUAAAUUGGUGUUGCUGAGGUUAGACCGCAACUUUAUAUCCACCAUUGAGCCAUUUGCUUUUGGGAAUCUCACUUACUUAAAGGAGCUGGAUCUGAAUGGAAAUAAGAUCACACAGUUGAAGAAGCAUGCAUUAUCUGGAAUGCCAGCUUUAGAGAAACUCUCACUGAUGACAUGUAAACUCCAAGAGAUCGAAACUGAUGCGAUGGAUGGUAGUGAUUCAUUAACAGAUAUCGAUUUACAAUCUAACCAUUUGACAGUUAUUCCUGCAUUUGGAAAACUUAAGAAUCUUCAGUCUGUCAUCAUGGAAGGAAAUUCAGUUGUCAACGCAACCUUUCCGGAUGUUUUUCGAGAGUCCAAGUCACUUCGACGUGUUGUUCUCAGCAAUAACAAUAUACAGGAACUAGACAACGACACGUUUCUUGCACUUGAGAAUAGGACAAUGUCAAGUCUUUUGCUGUCAAGAAACGAAAUAAGGAAAGCAGAGUCUGGAGUUUUCCAACCAUUUAAGAGCAUCCAGUCGUUGAAACUUGGCACAAAUCCCAUAGAUGAUAUAGAUCUUAUGAAAAUCAUAAAGGGUAUGAGGGGGAAAUCAUUCAACUCGCUUGAUUUAUCCGAUUUGAAGCUCGGAGGGAAGUUGCUGCAAAACACUUUUUCUUUGUUGAAGAACACCUCCAUACGGACAUUAAAUCUGAAAUACAAUAACAUAAAGACACUUCUGAACAACGUGUUUGACGGGCUUAAUAAACUUGUAGAUCUGGAUUUGUCCGUUUGCAAAAUUCAGGUAACCUACACUGAUUCCUUCAAUGGCCUGGACAAUUUAAACAACCUAGUGUUGAACAACAACCUACUAACAGAUAUUCCAAUAAAUCUCCCAGCCGGACUGCUUAACCUGUACAUGGACAACAACCAGAUUACUUCCAUUCCUGAUAAAAUCUUUGCAAAUCAAGUUCAUCUGCGUAAAUUGUACUUGAGAUACAACAAAAUCCAAACUUUGAUGCAAGAUUCGUUUGUUGGACUCGGUGCUUUGGAGCGGCUAAAUCUUUAUGACAACAAUAUUGCAAUUAUUCCGGGACAAACGUUUGAUCCACUUAUUGCGUUAACAGAUCUUGAUUUUGCUAAUAACAACCUAGCCAACAUCCAAAUGUCUCUAGGAAGAUUCCAGAAUCAAGGAGCCUUGAGCUAUUUAAACCUUGCUGAUAACAAGUGUUCGUAUUUGCAACCAGAUUUCUUCAAGUACAUGGUAUCAUUAAAAGAACUCCAUUUGGAAAGAAAUGACCUGGGUGACGUCAUAUCUGAAGAUUUCGCAGGAACUAUAUUUAUUGAGUUAACUAAAUUAAAAAAACUAUAUUUAAAUGACAAUGCAAUUCACAAUAUUCCAGCUCCGACAUUUCAGUCUUUGUCAUCCUUAGCAACACUAAACAUCAGUAGAAACAAACUGAAAGGCUGGGAUGGUGACUUGUUCUCUACCACAAACAGCCUACAAACAGUUGAUGCUUCUGAAAAUCUUAUAGGGAAUCUGAAUUCUGAUAAUCUCAAAUAUUUGCAAUCUCUGAAGUAUUUGAAUCUCUCCGGGAAUCCCUUCAUGUGUAACUGCGACCUGAGGUGGUUUAGAGACUGGAUAAACAACACAUCAGUCUUGUUACCAUCGAAUGCUUCAUAUAUUUGUUAUGGACCAGACCAGUGGAAGAACGUACCUUUGCUGUCGUUCAGUAGGAAGAAGAUCAACUGUUUUCGUUUUACCUGGUGGAUGAUUUUGUCAUUCUGUCUCUUCGCUGCCAUUCUUGUUAUGGUCAUUUCAAUUAUAAUGUAUAGAAAACGGUGGUUCAUAAAGCUGUUUAUUUACAAAAGAACUCGUAAAUUGAGGAAAAGGAAAAUCAGAGCUGCUGACAGAAGGGGUAAUUACGGGGCUAUCCCAGACGAAGAGGAUGUAAAAGAGUUUGAUGCUUACAUUUCCUGCGCUGACGAGGACAUGGAUUGGGUGAGAGAACAUUUACUGCCUGGUGUGGACAAAGGUGAUAUUAAUGAUAUCAAAUUUGGUGGAGACUUUGCACUGUACUUUUCGGAAAGAGACAGUGAACCGGGACAAUCAGAAGUAGGGCAAAUAUUCGAGGCAAUGUCUUCAAGCAAAAAAGUGAUCGUGGUUCUUAGCAAACAUUAUCUUUCAAACCCUAUGAAUUCAUUUGAAUUGGACCUGGCGAAUCAGACCAUGUAUGAACAAAAGAUCGAGAAAAUUAUUGUCAUCCAUAUAAAUAAGGGCCUACCAAAUGCUAAAAUUCCUCGUCGCAUUACGGCGAUGAUGCGGAGAAAUGUCAUUGUGGAAUGGGAGGAGGAUGGUAACGCACAAAAGCUGGCAAAGGCACGCAUCAACGACGCGCUGGCACAGAGAGAUCUGGCUGCGGAGCAGGAUACGGAGUGAUAGGCAAAUGUACAUGUGUGUGUGGUUUGUAGACACAAUUGACUGUAUCAAGUGUAGUAACCAUCACUUGUUGAAAAACAGCAAUGUGAUUGAUUGUAAGUUGUUAAAUAAUAUUGUUAAAUAUUGUUUACAUUUCAAGACAGGUUGUUCCAAAACUAAUAUAAUAUCAGAAGAAACAAUAAGAAAGGUUUAACAGUUAUUAAAAAAAAAACUUAUUCAAAAAUACUUAUUCAUUAUGCUUCUUGGAAAAGAGUUGUUGUAUUUAGAAGAAAAUAAAAUCAAUGAAAUAGAUUUGGAAAACAAAGAAAGGGUCAAAAUAAUUGAUAGUUCUGGAAUAAGUUGAAGCUUAGAAAUCUUAGAAAUCUGUGUAGAAAUAGAAAUAAAGAUGGCUAAAAGGUGCUGCAUUUUAAUCACAUUCGACUUACUGAGAUAAGAAAGAAAACUUCAAACUCCUUUAAAGGAAUGUUUACAAUUUGGACUAAAAUACAAAUUGGCAUUGUUGACAGAAGAGUCCCAAAUCAGAUGGCCAUUGUUACAGGUUUUUGAAUGGUAAAUGGGAAUUGUUUAUUUUUGGAAAAGCAGGUUAACUAGGACCCUACCAACAGUACACGUGUAUUUAAUCAUAAGCACAAAUAAUGUUGCAAGGAUAUAUAUUGUAAUGGAAUAAAUGGUAGUUUAUCAUUCAUAUCUUUGAUUUAUAUAGGUUAGCGAAUAUCAAUAUUAAAUUGACAUACUGCAUUAAAACACUACAUCACAUGCUUUUAACUAUUGGGUGUUUGGUAUUUUAAAAUGGAGGAAUAGAAGAUGCAUUGGAACAGGGUACAACUAAACAAACAACAUACCCCGGAAGGGUAAAGCUAUGAACAGGGCUUAUUUUUUUACAUUGUUCUGAAUGGGGGACCCAACAGGCCAGUGUAUAUAAGAAGUUUAAAUAAAAGUAGUUUUGGCCCUUGCUUAAUUGCUGUAAUUAUUAAAUUGUUUGUUGUUCCAACGAUUUGCAUGUAAACAUUCAGUUCAGAUUUAAUUAUGAUAUUGGACAAGAGUUUCUACCCAAAUGUUGAUAUUAUUGACAUUAGCUAUGUUGACAUUAUUGUGUCAUUAGCAAGUUCAGUUUGUUAAGUUUGGUUGGUAGACUUGCUUCAUAUGUUUAUAUUGCUCUUAGUCUCUAUAUCUAGGUGUCCUUGCUUAGCUCUUCUCAUGAAGAAAACAUUUUGUCAUAGUAUGUCAUUAUAAUUGUCAUCCUGAAUGUUAACUAGUUAUCAUGUUAUGGCUAUGAACAGUUUUUGUUUAAAGGAAAUGUAUGGUUGUUGCAUUUAAUGCUACCAUAUUAUAUGCUUCUUAAUUGUUGUGAUUAUUGUAUUGUUUUGAAUUCCAAUAGGACUGGGGUUUUGUUUUUUCACCAUGCAUUAUAUCCUGGAGAAACAGGGGGCAUUUUACAUUGUUUUAAAUCAAAAACCAUUCUUAUUCUAAACAUAGACAAUUUCAUGCAAAUCUUAUAUGUGUUUUAAUGGUUCUUGUUUACAAAUACUGUUUAUAAAAAUCAAUUACACCUUUUUAAUGCUUUUCUGUUUUGUUUAUUUUGUUCAAUGAUUUAGGAUUUUUAUGUAAAUAUGCCCUUGCAGUUAGUGAUCAGCAAUUGUUUAUUUCAGUUUUAUAGCAUUGCUGUUGCAUCACUUAAAAGAGUUGGUACCAGAAGAUGUUUCAUCUUUAAAUGUGGUUCUUUUGAAUGUCAAUAGGGCUAGGGCUAUGCUUUUGCACGGUGAGUUGAAAUAUGUACAUGCACAUAAUACAGCUGUCUGGUAAUUUUAAGUAGCAGGAAUGGUAACAUACUUAGGAUUAAAAUCUUGAAAAUCCUGAAAAUUUAGUUUAAGUAUUAGGGGUUCAGGCCCAUUAAAGGAUCCAGGUGUCUAGACCCGUUUUCAAAGCCAUUUAUAUCCAUUUUAAGGUACUUUAUAAUUAAACACUCUUAAUUUAUCAUUGAAAUAAGAAAAGAGAGGAUAAUUGCUUGUUUCAGUGCCAGAUAUAUAUUUCACCUAGUGAGCACCGAAAGUUAUUUAUUUAUGGUGUUCAUGUGGUGAAAUAUCUUGCGAUCUUUCUCUGAAACAAACCAUUGUUGUUUUUUAAAUUUGAUUUGGAAUUGAGGGAGUAAAAUUUCAAAACCGUGAAAAACGUCAAAAUGUUUCACUGUUUGGAACAUUGAAAUAACAUUAUUAUUUCACUGAUAAAUCGCUAAUAACCACCAGAAAGCAUAUUGCAAAUUUUCUUUUUUAUGUUUUAUCUUACCAACCUUUAUCAAAAUUCAAACUAGGCAAAUUGUUUUAUUUAAUAAAAUACAGUCGAAACUCAUUGGCUCGAUAUCUCAUGGCUCGAUAUCCUCGUUGGCUCGAACCAAAUUAAAAGGACCGAUUUUUAUUUACUCUUUGUUCAUAUAAAAUUCGAUCCGAUGGCUCAAUAUCUUGAGGGUCGAUAUUUCUCCACGCUCGAAGUAGUUUUCGCGGUCCCAAACAAGAAUUUCACACUUUGAUUUGUUUGCAUGUGUCGAUGUCAUCUUCGUGGGUACAGUUAAGAAUCUCACACCUCGAUUUGUUUGAUUUACUUCAUUUAGCACAAGGCGCUAAUCUAUUAAAAUUGCUUGACUGAUAUUAUAAUUAUUAUCAAAUUUAAAAGGUUUAACAGUUUGAAUAAACAUGCCAUCACUUUAAGUUCUGUCUCUAAUUGUUAUCCAUCCCUAAAUUACUAUGCAUUUUAAUAUAACUUUAAAGCUAUGUUUGUGUUUACAAUUGCUUGUUUUUGCAUAAAUGUAUUUUUAUUAUAAAUAAAAAAAUAAAAUUAUAUUUUCUAAUAAUCGAAUAAGUCAUAUUGCGAAAUUUAGGGUGCGUAACUAUGCCCAAUAAAUACACAGGGAUAGCGUAGCCAAUAACAAACGAGGUAAAUAAGACUUCGAGGCUCGAAGGACUUUGGCCGGUCCCUAGAAUAUCGAGCCAUCGAGUUUCGACUAUAUUAGUAAGGCACAAGCAGUGACCAGUCAAAUGUGUUAAAAACUAGGUCACUAGAUUAAAUAAGAGGAUUUUUUUUAUUCUACACGAGUUCUUCAUAUAUCUCACAUUCACCUUAAACCCUUUAUGUGUUAACCAAAGAAAAGAUACAUGUGUAAUUAGACAUGGCUAUCAUCUAGAUAUUUUAGUGUUUUGACUGCAUUAUAUUGUUUUUCUGUUUAAAAGUUGUUAAAAUGGCAAUAAACACAUUUUAUGCUUUA